AUGGAUCGAAUAAAAAUUCAAAAACCUUUGGUAGAUCGGACGAUUGGUGAGGAAUGGGAUGCAUGGAAAAAUAUUGAUUUACCGACACAUGUUCUUGAAGCAUAUUCUAUUCCUCGUAGAACAACAUUAGAAGAUUUGCGAGAUGAAUUGGCGAAAAUUGGUUGUGCUGAUGUUUCGCUUCAUAAAGUUGAUGAUGCUCAUUCUAUGCUUGCUGCAAAUCAAUUACAUUCAAAUAAAUGGCUUCGAUUACGCAAAAUGGCAAAUGCUUCAUUGGUUUCACAAAAUGUUGCUCGUAGUAGCGCUUCUAGACUUCGUCCUCAUAAACUUCGACCGCGGACAACACCAUUUGUCGCUCGUCGUUUGGUUGAAGGUGUACUCGGAAAACGAUCAAAUGUCUCCGAACAUCAGUUAAAGGCAGAACUAAGCUCUCUUAAGCAAUGGGAUUAA